AUGUAAACAUAUGCUUAUGCAUUUAUUGUUCCCUCUGCACUUUCCAUAGUAUAUAUUAUCAUGAUGAUAUGUCGUUACUAUGAUUUAAAAUCAGAUAUUGUGGCUAAUAAAAUAAGUUUAAAUUGUUCCAUAAAGUUUAGAAUGACUCUCUUGAUCUUUGAUAUAGGUAUAAAAUAUCAUAUUAAUAAGCAGUCUAGGUAUUUAAAGUAUUUAGUGUGCAAUGAUCUUUCUCUGUUAAAAUUGUGAAGAAUAUCACAAUUAUUUUAUGAUUAUUCUACUCAUAAACAUUGUCACUUUAAUCCUCUAAAUAUAUCUUAUGGUAUCAAAAUUAUAUUACCAAUUUAGAUCUUUGAAUACAAAAAAAGAGUACCUUUAUUUUUUGCCCAUAAACUUUAUUGGAUAGCUAAUUGGAUGGUGCUAUUAAUGAUAGUUGCCUUAAUCAUUAACUAUCAAGCCUACUUACUAGAUACGAUUCUUAUCUUGGUCAGAAUACUCCUAAUAUCAAUUAUACUCAUUUAUACUCUUUUUGUUAGAAAAUAAGACUUAGUAGAAUUUGAAGAUCUAGGAUUUUUUAAUAGUGAAUUACCAGAUAUUGAUGUCUCUUCAUAAGGGUAGAAACUUAGGAUUUCAACCUUAAAUAGUACUUAUUUUGUCAUUCAAUGUAGAUUUUCAAACUUAGUUUUUUUCUGUGGAAUUAUAAAAGAUGUGGAAUAUAGUAGAUAAUGAUAUCGAAAUUAAAUUGAAUAUGUAAAUAAUAAUAAAUAUUUAUAUAGUCAUUUUAUAGAUAAUGAAAAAAGCAUGAAAUUGAAGAAAAGACUCACUUAACUCUUUGAAAUGCAUUAAAAACUAAUUAUAGAAUGUUAAGCAUAUUUUGACCUUCACAAUAAUGAUUUAUUAGAAUUAGAUUAUUUAAUUAAGUAAAUCUAAGAAAGCAGUCAUUUAUAAUUAAUUUAAGCUAUUCAAAAAUAUUUUAAUGUAAUAAUGAGCAAAGUUGAUUUGAUAUCUUCAACUUUUUUAGACUUUAUUGAAUUACCUCAAUAAGAAAGAGAAUUAUUGGAUGAAAUCAAACUAUAAAAUAAACAACUUCAUAAAUAAUCUUUAAUUAAAAAAUAAUAAACUACUCUGUCCUAUAAAAAAUGGGAAUUACAAGAAUAAUUUAUUCCUUAUAUGAAUGUGAAAAUAAGAAAACAUCAAACUAUCAAACAAUAACACAGUGAUUCUUUCAUUUAAUAUAUUAUUGUAAUCAAAAUUAACCAAGAUAGAAUAAUUUCAUAAAAGAGAUUUAGAGAAUUCCAUGAAUUACAUGAAUAAUUGAAAUAACAAGGGAUUAAAUAUUCAUCUCUCUUUCCCCAAAAAAUAAUUGGAAAGUUAACUGAAUUAGAUGUUGAACAAAGACAGAGAGAUUUAGAAAUCUAUUUGAAAGUAUUAUUGAAUGAUAGAACCAAUCAUAAUUCUUUAUAAUUAUUUAAAUUUGUGGGUUUGAGUGCAAAUUAAGAUGUUUUUUUAAAAAAACAAUAUUAACGUAUUCAAAAAGAUGUUGAAUAAGUUUGUUAGUGCACUGUAAAAUUUUUAUAAUUUGAGGAGGUUUAGGAUUAAUUUGGUGAUAAAUAUUUUAGAUAUUAAUUUUAAUUUUUUAAUAAUAAUAUCUAUAAUUUAAAUCACAUUAUUUCUAAGCGAUAUUCUUAAUUCGAUGAAUUGCACAAUAUUUUAAAAUAAAGGUAUAUAUUAUAAUAUUUAUGUAGAUCUCAAUAUUUUUUACCAUUAUUACCACAAAAAUCUUUAUAGUAAAAUAUUAAUCCAAAUCAAAGAAGUGCAUUACUUCUUUAAUAUCUUAAUGAAUUGAUUAAGAUACCCUAAGUUUGUGAAAAUCCUCAUUUUAGACAAUUUAUCGAUAUUCCAUUUUUUUAUUUUGAAUCUGAAGAGGUAACAAUCCCAGAAUCCACCACUUAAUUCAAUUAAAUAUUAAGACAUUUAGAUAAUGAUUCAAUAAUUUGGAAGAUAGAUGAUAUGAAAGUUAGAUUAUGGGAAUGA